AAUGGCCGCUAAUGUUCUCAUGUUUAAAUGGACUAUUGAAAAGCAAAAAAGUGACCAAUUAAAGCUACCGAGCCGAUCAUUAAGAGUACAACCUAUUAAUAGACUGAGAAAAAAUUGUCUAAAGAAAUUGUAUCCCGAUAUAUAUGAAAAGCGAAUGAUGGAUGAAAUGAACGAUGUUGAUGUAUUUGACUAUGUACCUAGAAUGGUUCAACCUGGUAAAAACGAUAUCUUUAAGCCUAGUCCCUCUCGAACUAGAGUUAAAAUAGCAACAUUCGACGAUGGAGAUGAGGACUUUGCGUCCAGAACAGAUGGUGAUAAUGACUAUAUUUUGUCCCCAGAAGAAAAAGAAGAAGUAAAAAGGGAGAGAUUGCAUAAAAGACCCUCAAUAGAACAUGAAAAUUACGUAGAUGAUGCAAAUGAUGUACACUAUAAAAUAGAUCAAGAACCACCAAUUCGUAUUGAAAAGACAGUAAAAAUUGCUACCAAACCAGAAGAAGAUAAUAGUAGAAAAAGUUCUAUUACAUGUUCAUCAGUCGGCCGUAAUAUGAGGGCAGAAGCGUGGCAAAUGGAAUUAAUUAAUAAAAGACUUGAUGAACAAACGAAAAAUAAUGCCCUGCAAAGAAUUAUAGACUACGGUAAAGCUAAUAAUUUAUAA